GUUUCCUUCCCACUCCCUGUAGUGUUCAUAGACCAUAUAAUGUAUAUUCCAGAUUAAUCUUUCACUAUGUUCCUUGGAGCGAAAAGUAAAAUGGAGGAAACCCCUGCAAACACAGGGACAACGUAUGGCGGUAUCAGGGAAAACAUGUACCAGAUCAGGCUCUACAAGGACUCUGACUAUGAGAGGGUUCGAGAGAUCUUCGCCCUUGGUUUAAUAGAACAUACCGGAAAAGCUUUCCAUUUCUCCCUCCGUCUCCCACGAGUCUGGACAUUUCUCCUGUUGACGUUCUUUCUUCUCUUCUAUAUCACUGGGUCAUUCCUGAUGUCCUCUCUCGGUGUGGUCAUUGAUAUAGGGCUCUUGUAUCUGAUCCAUUGGGGCAUCUACUGGUUCUACGUCUCACACUCUCUAUCCGACGACAUGUUGGAUAUUCAGAAAUAUUAUCUCCAGCGGGACGGUUACUGCUUUUGGGUGGCAGAGUCAUCAGGAGAGGUGGCAGGGAUGGUAGCUGCUGUCCCACCACAUCAACCUGGAGGAGAGAGACAAGUUGAACUUAUGAGGCUGUCAGUUCCCAAAAAACACCGGGGGAAGGGAAUUGCUAAGGCCUUGUGCAGGACAGUCAUUGACUAUGCCCGGAGGAGAGGCUGUGAGGCGGUGGUCUUGGAAACCUCAUACCCUCAAGUUGAUGCCCGGAAGAUGUAUGAGAAGAUGGGUUUUAGGAGAACGAGAACUGCCUAUGCCCCCGGUCUGAUAACCAAAAUCCUUGCCUUCAAAAUAUUGUUCUACCAGUACAACCUCCAUAGGUGAAAUAUACAGAAACCAAGUCUCAGGUCUCACAAGUGUCAAAUUUGUAUUCUGGUUGACCAAGAUCGAUAAGACGGCAACUGAGCUUCCAUAAAGUUUUUCUUAUUCACCUAUUAAAAAGAAC